AAACUACACGGGUAAUCCGACACUGAACAUUGGCAGGGCGCGCACGCAGACCCUGACUCACUCAGUUGUAGCCUUUUCCUUGACUUCCCUGCUCAGUCUUUAGGUCCUCCCCUUUAAAAACUCUGAGCCAUCCUCCCCUCACCGCCCACCCCCAUCUCCUUCACAGUGCCUUCGGUUUGUGUGACAGAGACUAAUUAUGCUCCUUUCCCCGAGUUUCCAGGGAAGAGAGAUAAGCAAGAGGCGGAGGAAUUGACAAAGGAAGGGGUGGUGCGCUCGCGCCCGGCCAGUCUGGCCCGCUCUCCAUUUCUUUCCAGUCUGGAUCUGGAUUGCGGGCUGGUUUGCUAACCUUCCAGCCAGCCUCUUUCAAGCAGCCAUGAACCGCGUGGGGAAGAAGAAUGAGGAGACACUCAUCGAGAUGGGGCAGACCAACGACGGAGAAGAAAGUAAUGGGCCUUUGUGUGAAAAUACAUCAAAUGCAGAUUCAGAAUUUCCUGGCAACUCUGAGGGCCUAAGUACCACUGAGACCACAUUGCUCAUCUCUGACCUUCAAGGGAAGUCUGGAAGGAGAUUCAAUCUGUUCCUGAAGCGACGUCUCAGGAUUGAUAGGAGGCACCAAAGCAAGGAUUCUGUUUUCUUCAGAGAUGGUACACGGAGAAUAGAUUUUGUACUUACUUAUGUGGAUGAUCCAAAAAUGGAUGGAGAAAAAAAAGUGGAUCGAAGGCGAAUGUUUGAGAACAAUCUAGUAAAGGCAGGUCUGGAACUAGAAACUGAAGAUAAGAAGGAGUCUGAAAACGGCAAAACUUACUUUGUGAAGAUUCAUGCCCCAUGGGAAAUUCUGAUCACAUACGCUGAAGUGCUGAACAUCAAAGUGCCCAUCAAGGAGAAUGAUAUUUCCUGUGCAGUAGAGAACCCUUUGGACUGCAUAUUCUGGCCAUUUAGGCUACCUGAGAUUGUUAUGCACCCUGAACCCGACUACUUUACAGCACCAUUUAGCAAAGAAAGACAGGAACUGUACCUCAUUGAUGAUGAGAGUACGUUUUUCUCUCCAUCUGUCAGAAACAGAAUAGUUUUUUAUAUUUUAACAAGGUGCCCGUAUGGAACAGAAGAAGGAAAGAAGAAGUUUGGAAUCAAAAGGCUGCUAAAUAACGGCACUUACACUGCUGCUUACCCUCUUCAUGAUUGUCAGUAUUGGAAAAAGUUGAAUGAUCCAAAGUGUGAAAAUGAAAGAUAUACCUUAUACAGGGAAUGGGCCAGGUUUCCUAGGUUUUACAAGGAACAGCCCUUGGAUCUUAUCAGGAAGUAUUACGGAGAGAAGAUUGGAAUCUAUUUUGCCUGGUUGGGUUUUUAUACUGAGAUGCUGUUCUUUGCAGCUCUUGUUGGCUCUAUUUGUUUUCUGUAUGGUUUGUUCACAAUGAAUGAAAAUAUGAGCAGCAAAGAAAUAUGUAGUCCCAGUAUUGGUGGAGAAAUUAUCAUGUGUCCAUUAUGUGAUCGAAAAUGUGAUUACUGGAGGCUGAAUUCUACUUGCGAGUCUUCGCAGUACUCCCAUUUGUUUGACAAUGUGGCAACCCUCUUUUUUGCAAUAUUUAUGGGCAUCUGGGUUACACUUUUCUUGGAAUUUUGGAAGCGACGACAAGCCCGACUUGAAUAUGAGUGGGAUUUAGUUGAUUUUGAGGAAGAACAGCAACAACUCCAACUUAGACCAGAGUAUGAAGCAAAAUGUACACAAAAGAGGAAGAAUCCAGUAACUCAGGAGCUGGAACCUUAUUUACCGCUAACUAGCCAGGCUAUACGGUUCUGCAUCUCAGGAACUACAGUGUUGUUCUGGAUAUCUUUAAUCAUAGCAAGCAUGAUAGCUGUGAUAGUUUACCGCCUUGCAGUCUAUGCUGCUUUUGCCAGCAUCAUGGAGACCACAGAAACCCUGCAACCUAUUCGAGGUUUGUUGACACCACAACUAGCAACAUCAGUCACUGCAUCAUUCCUCAAUUUUGUCAUCAUUAUGAUACUGAAUUUCCUAUAUGAGAGGAUAGCCAUCUGGAUCACAGAUAUGGGUAGAAAUACCAAGAACCCAUUUUGAAUAUGAAAACAGACUCACUAUGAAGAUGUUCCUCUUUCAGUUUGUCAACUACUAUUCUUCAUGCUUCUAUGUAGCCUUUU